GCCUUGGAUUUCCACUUGACCUUUUAAGGCUCUACCUCUAGGUCAUAGGCAGCCUGAGAACGCGGCAGGCUUUCACUUUAGGCUAAAAAGAGAACAUUUAAAAUGAGCGAUUGUUGACACGGGGAUGUCCUCGGGAGUGAGAGGCAAUAUGAAGAAAAAACGCUUUCAUUAAGGCAAUGGGGCUAACGGCUUUUAAGGGCCCGGUAUGUCAAUGGCCAUAAAAAGCAGAUAAAUGGUGUGCUACUGAACAUUACUUGGCUCAAUGAAACAUCUGACACCCCUCAUUCUUCUUGCCUGUGGCUCCUUUAAUCCCAUAACAAAUAUGCACAUGCGAUUAUUUGAACUAGCAAGAGAUCACCUUCAUCAAACAGGAAAGUACCAUGUGAUAGAAGGUAUAAUUUCACCAGUUAGUGACAACUAUGGGAAGCAAGGAUUGGUAGCAGCAAAGCAUCGAGUCGCAAUGGUUCGGCUUGCAGUUGAAACAUCUGACUGGAUCAGGGUGGAUCCUUGGGAGAGUGAGCAAAGUCAGUGGACUGAGACUCUCAUAGUACUAAGGCAUCAUUACAAAGAGCUACUUAAAUCACACAAUAUCAGAAAACUGUGUAGAGAAAAUACUUGGCCCAAACAAGAAGCAGCUGACCCAUCAAUCAGAUCAUCAGUUACAGUUGUUCCAGAGCUAAAACUUCUCUGCGGAGCUGAUGUUUUGAAGACAUUUCAAACACCUAACCUCUGGAAAACAGAACAUAUUGUAGAAAUAGUGAAAAGGUUUGGAUUGGUCUGUGUUAGUCGUGCUGGCCAUGAUCCUUCCCAGGACAUCACUAACUUAGAGUUUUUAAAUAACUACCAACAUAACAUCCAUUUAGUAAAAGAGUGGGUUCUAAAUGAAAUCAGUGCUACGAGCAUAAGGUGUGCCUUGCGCAAAGGACAAAGUGUGAAAUACUUGUUGCCAGACUCUGUUAUUUCUUACAUUAAGCAACACAAUAUAUAUAUGGAAAAGACUGGACGAAAUAAAUAAAAGAAAAUUUGGUGUAGCCCUUUAAAGUGUUCAUGCUGCUUACUUAUCUUUUGAUAAGAUUUAGUGAGACCAGAGAUGAGCAACAAAAAAGCUACAAAGUCUGAAGGACAAAACAUAUC